GCUGAUUAUAAUCACGCGAGAAAAAUACCGAAGGUCCACUGGCAAAAAAGCUUGUUGAAGGCUUUUAGAAUUUCACUACAUUCUCGGCCAAGAUGAGGAAUAAAUGAGAUACAAAAUAUACAGUUCGAUAGAGAAAUGAAUGCUCUAUCCAGUCAUACAAAAAUAAAGAACGUCUUAUGUUCGGCAGAAAUACAGUCGAACAUUCGAGUUCUCAAUGAACAGCGAAUCCUUGACGGAAGAAUUGGAUUUCGUUAAAAAGCAUAUCGUUACAUGCAUCAGAUGUGAGAAGCCAAGUCAUUUUGGCGAUCAGUGUAAAGAACUUCGCCACAAUUGUACGGCUUGCGGCGAACAUUACCAAUCAAACAUUUUCUCGACACCAAAAACUGCUGCGGGCCACAUCGCUCUGGCUAUACCGUCUCUCCCGUCAGCAUCGAAUACCCAAAGCAGCUAUCUCAUCAUCGCCGAAACUCGUAACAAGCUGUUCUGAUCUCUCAUUCAAAAGAUUCCUCAACAUGCUUUUCUCUAAACGCCUUGUCCACGUAACGGUGCACUUCGCUGGUCAAGUUUUAGAAAAAUGUUUUUUCGAUAUCGAAAGUUUUGAACACAUGAGUAGAUGCAGUUUUUUAUUCUAAAAACCCGUUUCAAACUCGUUUUUCAAACAACUUCAUUUUUCAUCCAAAAAACCUGGUUUUGAACUUUUCAGAAACCGGAUUUGUAAUGUUUUAAGCAAAAGCAUUUUUUAAAACAAAUUUCUAGAAAUAUUUUUUUGUAGAGAAUUGAAUUUUCUACAAAACGGCGUAUUUGUUUUUGAGUUGACUUGCUAUGUACAUUUUGUACAUAGUUGUACAGUUUCCGACUUACCGUCCAGUUUUUGAGCUCUUAUUUUGAUACAGUAACUUUUUGCGCAGAUCGAUCAAAUAUAUAAAGAACACAGGAAGCUGUGAAAAUCAAAACUUUACCAUUAUGUUAAGUGCCUCAAAUAUGCUUGACCAAAAAAUGCGCAACGCCGUGACGUUUUUAUUUUGCAUUUUACUCCCUAGCGAAAAGCGCUAGAAGAAAUUUUCUUUUACCAUCGGAUGGCCCGUCAAUUACUCUAUAAAUUUUGCUCUAGAAGUUUCCUUUUCACAUAAUUAACUUCACAGAAAUAAAGAAUUCCCAAGAACGCUCGAAAAAAAGGGUCUUUUUGCGUGACGCCAUGACGAGACACUAAAAUCCGUCUAAAAGCCGAAUGCAACAUUCAAAAAACUUCGUUUCCACAGCAUAAGUAGAGCAUGAUGAACUGCGUUGAUUAACGUUUGAACGAACUUUCUAGCUACUUUAGUUUCUGAGAUAACCGAAGUUUAGUGCGUCUAAAACGGUUUUCAGAAAAGUUUAAUGCCUGAAAAACAGAGAUAUAAUUAAUAAAGAGUCAAUUAUAGGAACGAUUUGUUUUUGAUUUUUCUCCUCAUCCAUGACUGCUAACAGAGCUGAAACCGAUUGCAAAACUGUAAACCGGUCCGGUCCAGCCGGUUAAAAACAAUACUUCUGUUAUCAGAAAAACCUAUAUGUUUUUUGAGAAGUUAGAUCUGAAAAUAAUUUUUACACAUCUAGUUUUAUAAGGUUUCCAUCAGGCUGAACCCGAUGCACUUUUUUGACUAAUAUAACUGCCGUUUAUAACUUUCAGAAAACGUGUUUUUGGAGACAAAAAAAUUAGUGUGACUAACACCCUAUGUAUAUGGUGGUAUUAUGAGACUCAUGAUAGAAAAAAAAGGAUGGAUAUUUAUGUAUUGUGGGUAACCAUGCGUGUACAGAUCGCUCAUUCAAAAAAAUCGAUCAUUCUACUAGAAAAUUUCAUUCGAGAAAGACAUGUUUUCUCGGUGGUGUAUGGUGUAUGUUUGAAUCUAGAAAAAAUAUUUUUAAGUAAAAAUUUAUUCUACAUUUUUCUACUUUUUAUUUAUCUAUAUUUCAUAUUUUUAUUUUCCUAUUUCUGUCAAGUAAACUGCACUUGUCAUUCAUAGGAGAUGAUAGGGUACACGAAAAACUAAAAGAAAGAUAAUUUUGACUAGCUAGCUGAAUGAGAAGUGAGAGCGUAAUUUUUAUCCACAUAGAAAAAUAUCUGUUAUAUUUUUACAUUAAUUAGCAGCUUUCAUACCUCAACAGCAAUAGAAUUAUGAACAGAAUGAGCAAUGAUCUGAAAAUUCUUUGAUUGUUAACUAGAAACUACAUUAAAAGUAGAUUACAAAUAAUAAUCAACAGUGAGAAAUAUCAAAUGAAAAUAUUUUCAACUUUAUUUUACGAUAAACAUCUUUGUUAUAUAUCUUGAUAACGAGAAUUGUAUUCUUGAAACAUCGAUAAAUAAAAUUGUAUGUAAUUCAAUUCAGAGACGUUGCUCAUGUUUGCGCUGAAAUUAUCAUCAGACACUAAACAACUAUCUCAGUCACAUCAACAUUGUAGACACGAACUAGUUUACGUGUUUAAGCUUUAUUACAAUACAGGCUGUUUAUAUAUAAAGAUUCAUCGUUGCCAGUACUUAAUAUUGACUCGGAAAAAAGUGAGAAUACUACUGAUCAUGUUUUAUAGUACAUAUUCUAGCAUAAAGACAUUGCUAAUAUCAACAAUUCAGAGCAGAUAUACUGCAUACAAUUUGUCGAGUGGUUCAUCGAAACAAUAUUUAUGAGUUUUCUGAUGCGUUUAUCUUGCCUUCAAACAUUAUGAAGAUACAUUUGAGACCAGUUUUUAUUUGCAAUAUCAUAGUAGGUUUGAGAAGUUUCUGUCUAGUUCACUGAGAUUCUGUAAUAUGAGCCAUAAACUGAUAAAUAAAAUACUGGAUCAAAUCACUAUGAAAAUAAAAUGAUUUACAGUUUUACAGUUCAUUUUGAUCUUAACUUAAUUUUGAGAUAUGUUGAAAUUUUUUUCAAACCAUUUUGCUGUUUCAAGUUGAACAAUGCUCGUCAUUUUCAUGUACUUUUAUUUGUGAGUAUACUUUGUGGUUACUAAUCUUUUUGUUAAAUCAGAUAUUCAUAUGUCUAACGUAUCUAACUAAACACAGUUGAUUAAAUGAUUGAAAAUGUUUGAUUUUUAGAACUUUAUUUUCAUCACCUCUUAUGGCUUCAAAAAGUUUGGCAACAUUAGGUGGUGGUUGUUUUUGGUGUUUAGAAGCUGUAUUUCAACGAUUAAAAGGUGUUGAAAAGGUAGUGAGUGGUUAUGCUGGUGGGAGUGGAGCAGAUCCAUCAUAUGCCGCUGUAUGUAAUGGAAAAACGGGUCAUGCUGAAGUAGUACAAAUUACCUAUGACCCACAAGUAUUACUAUAUAAACAAUUAUUAGAUGUUUUUUUUCACGUACAUGAUCCAACAACAUUAAAUCAACAAGGAAAUGAUAUUGGCACUCAGUAUCGUUCGAUAAUAUUUUAUCAUGAUGAUGUACAAGAAAAAGAAGCGGAAUUAAUGAAACGUCAUAUUGAGGAUGAAAAAGUUUAUAAGAAUCCAGUCGUGACUGAAAUAUUACCAAUUGAUAAAUAUCCAUUUUAUAAAGCAGAAGAUUAUCAUCAAAAUUAUUAUAAUCAAAAUCCAUCACAAGGUUAUUGUUUAUCGGUAGUUAAAUCAAAGGUGAAUAAAUUUGUUAAAAAAUAUCCCGAUUUAUUAAAAAAAUAA